AUGGAUACUUCACAUAGUUGUCGCUGUUAUCAUGGCUUCGUUUUGCUUCUUGUCCUGAUUUAUUCCUCUGUGUUUGGUUUCUCUUCAAAGAUUGAUGCAAGAGGGAUCAAAAUCAACGUUGACCAAAAACGUUUUCUCUCAGAUUCCAAUCACCACCCUCGUAGCGAGUUUAUGGGAUCUCUACAAAAUGGCAAGGAACAUUUAGCGUGUACUAAUCAUAAAUCUGUUCAAGGUCCGGUAACGCGUCUGUAUUGCCGGGACGGAUAUGUUAUCACCAAGAUCAAUUUUGCCGACUAUGGCAAUCCCACUGGUACAUGUGAAAACUUUAGACGCGGCAAUUGUGGCGCACCAGCUACCUUGAGGAUCGUCAAAAAGAAUUGUCUUGGAAAACCGAAGUGUGUAUUUUUAGUUACGGAUGAGAUGUUUGGUCCGAGUCAUUGCAAGGGACCUCCUACACUCGCGAUUGACGCCACUUGCACAAAAAACUAG